AUGGCCAUCCACCGCCUGCAGGGACAGGAGGAACACGAUGGGGUGGCCUGCCAUCAUCACGGCCACCUCCAUCCUGAAGUAGAGCCGGGGCGGCAGCAGAGGCGGAGGCGGCAGCAGAGGCGGAGGCGGCAGCAGCAGCGGCAGCGGCAGCAGCAGCAGGGCCCCAGCGGUGCCCAACGCCAGAGACUCCCCGACGGCCCUGGGGAGAGCAGAGCCCCCAUGCCCCGCCAGCGUGUCCACAUACUGUCCGGCCAGCAGGACAGAGACCGCAGCCCUCUCCGCCAGUUGCGGGAGAUCAUGGAAGAGCUGCAAUGGGUGCACAGGUUAUUGGAGGACGAGCUGGGCGUGGGGGAUGACGCGCAACACCUCCCCUUGCCCUGCUACCGAGCGAGGCGGCCGGGAGGGCGGGGGCAGCGGGGGCCCCGCAGCUCCAUCCGUCUUCUGAAGGAAACGCCCCCGUGUGGGUCUUUCCCGGGAAGAGUUCCCCGCAAGGACCGAGGUGACAUACCGGGAAUCCUCGAGGGGCACCCCUCACCCGGUCACGCGUCGGGGGCCCUGGGGGUGUUGGGGUCCCAUCUCCCCUUGCCUGCCCUCCUCCAGGAGGAGGCCAGCGCCGGCCGGGAUGGAGCCCGGCAGGUCGGUGCCGGCAGAGCUCAAGCUCGGCAAGCCCUCGCAGCGGGCCAGGAUCCCGGCGCCCUUCUUCACCCACCCGGUAGGUCGCUGUUUCCGCCCACGGCCCCCGGCUCGCCCGCUCGGCUGCCGCCCCCUCCCGAGCCCCUCGUGACUCUGCCCGUGCAGGGUGAGCCAGCCGAGCCGGCGGACCUCCCCGGGCUGGAACCCGCGGAGGCAGACGCGGACGCCCUGGUGCCCACGCACGACGAGCGGGGCCGCCUCAUCCCCGAGUGGAAGCGGCAAGUGAUGGUGCGGCGGCUGCGGGCCCGGCUGGCGGAUGAGGAGGCGGUGGACGGCCAGGACGCGGGCUCCUGGCGCUUCUCGCCCUCCCGCCAGGCCGUGCUGGGCCCCUUCGGGGAGCUGCUGACGGAAGCGGACCUGCAGCAGCUGGAGCGGGCGGUGGAGAGCCUGAGGCUGCGGCGGCGGGGCGAGGCCUACCAGGGCGAGCUGCGGCGUCUGGCGCGGGAGCUGCGCGACCUCCUGCCCGCCCCGCUGCUCAGCAUCACUGUGCGCAGCCCCCCGCCCGCCCCCGGGCAGCCCCUGCCCCUCUGGUGCGGUCGCCUGGCCGGCGCCGUCAGCAGCCUGGCCGCGCUGCUGGCGAACGCCGAGGGGGCGCGGGUCGCCUCCCCCCCCGCCGCCGCCGCUUCCCCCGCCCGCCGGCAGCCGUUGGAGCCGGCGGGCAGCCUGGUACAGCGGGAGAUCCGUCAGUGCGGGGUCUGCGUUCGCAGCCUCCGCGGCGCCUUCGAGUCUGCCUGGGGGUCGGCGGGGGGGAAGGCACCCGCGGAGAGCCGUGCGGAGGCCGCCAGCGAUUCGGGCAUCAGCUGCGAGGAAGCGUUUUCCGACGGCGGCGGCUCCCCGGGGCCGGGGCCGGAGUGGGGCAGCUUGAGGAAGGAGAGGAUCGUGAUGCUCUUCCUGAGCCACUGGAGACGCUCCGCCUACGGGCCGUCCCCGCCGGCCGUGGGGGAUCUCAGGGAGGCAGCGGGGACCGGGGCGGGGGGAGCGGCCCGCCUGGCGCGGCAGAUGGCGGCGAUCCAGCGGCUUCUGGGCGGCUGGCGGGACGCCGCCUCCCGCCGCCCCCCGCCCCCGCCGGCCCCUUGCGCCGGUCACACGCCGCUCUCCCCGGAGCAAUUCGUGGCGGGGCCCGGGGGCGGACCGGCCGACUACGAGAGCCUGUCGCUGGAGCUCUUCAUGCUGGGAUAUUUCUGCAUCCUGGAGCAGGAGCUGCCCGCCGAGGAGCGCCGCGGCCGCCACCUCCUCUGCUUCGAGGUCUUCGAGCAGCUGGGCCGGCACGGCUGGCGGGCGGUGCGCACCUUCCACCGCGCCGUCACCGACGAGAUUGCCGCCGGCCGGCGGAGCUGGCAGGACGGCUUCGACGACAUCAAGGCGAGGUUUUUCGGAUCCCCGCAGAGCUCGGGCCGACGGCCGGCGGAGCCCGGGGAAGAGGGGGAGGAGAUCUGCCGCUACAUCGACCGCAGCUUCGCCUUUUGGAAGGAGAAAGAAGCCGAGAUCUUCAGCCUGGAGGAGUGAUGCCCGCUGGUGGGGAGGGCAGAGGGCUGCGUGAAGCUGCAGGCUGGAAUAAACACCUUUUCGGUUCUGUCCAAGCAGA